AUGCUUUCCCUUCAUUUCUGGGUGUCUCCGGGUCGGGCUACAGAUGCUGCUCCUUCUGUUACCAAUGGCAUUCGGUCUCAUAGCUGCAGCCAGUGCCAAGCCAACAACUGUACGGGAAAGCUCAGCUACAAGACCCUGGCAGCUAUCGCGGCAGGAGCAGCAGGCCCCCCAGCACAGACCACUACAGCCACCUCCGCCACCCCAUCCAGGGGCCUUCCUAUCUCCCUUGGGUUUGCCCAGGCCCCGCCACAGGGGCUAAAGAAGUUGAAGCUCUCAGCCGCAGCAGCGUCCCCAGCUGGGGGGGCAGUCCAGGCACGUGGGUCCUUUCUCCAGGCAACUCUUCGUCCCAGAGGGAGCCGGAGCAGGAUCCAAGACACCUCCAGCUCUCACCACUGCCUCCUCCUGUCACUGCGGCCUGGGGAAGGGAUCAGUAUGGAAGUGACCACUCCUGACCCAGCGGGGCUGCCCAAACUGAGUGAGAUCGAGGAUGGGGAGGGCAGCAGACAAGGCAGCCUCAAGCAACAACAGCAGCCCAAGCUUCCAAAGCCAUCCGGAGAAGCCAAAUAUGUGGAGAUCUGUGGCCCUGCUGGAGCAGUCAGAGAAAGCCCUGGGUCUUUGAGCUUAGCUCUAGAGGGUGGCCCUGAGAAGCCAGAGAGCAGAGCUAGCAGCCCCGUGGAUGAGUCCCCUGCCCCCACUCCCCGGACUCCUACCUCCCAGGAACUUGCCAGCUUCCAGCUCUCCUGCAGCCCCGGGGGUUCCAAGUCUUUUACUUCUUUCUCCUCUGCCUCCUCUUCCUCCCCAGCAACGGACAAGGUAGGGGAAGCCUGCUCUCCCCACCUGGAUGACCCGACCACAUCCAGGGGUGGGCCAGCCUCAUUGUCUUCUUCCUUAGGUUUCGAGAGUGAGAGCGGUGAGGGCAGUGACAGUGAAACCAGCUGCCCUGAGGAUUACAACCCAGCCCACCAGCCCAGAGGGGGUGAAGGAGGAAAAACCAGAGGAGAAGCAGGAAGAGGAGGACCAGCAGGGUUCAGGGCCACCCCUGCCAAGGCCCAGGGCCACAGCCACCCCCCACCGCGAGAGGAGGCUCACUAUAUCACCACCCAUGAGAUCCAGCUGAGUGAAGUCGAACAGGACACAGACUUUGACCUCGGAUUGGCCUCCCGCUGGGACUUCGAGGACAACAACGUGAUCUACUCAUUCGUUGACUACGCUUCCUUUGGUGGCAGCGAUGAGACCCCCGGGGACACCACGACCCCGACGGAAGACAGCUGCUACCUGAGCACCGGCCCCAGCACCAGUGCCACCAGGUCUCCCACCCCCAUUAGCAGUGAGCCAGGGCAGGCCACCACAGCCAACGACAACGGCCAGGACACCAGCAGCACUGAAGUGGGCAGCACCUUCUCUGAAAGCGACACCGAUUCUGUGGCUGCCGCUACCCCCCCAGGCGAGCCCCCAGGCGAGACCCAGAAGGCAGUUCCAGCAGUAGCAGCAGCAGCAGCAGCAGCAGCAGCAGCAGCAGCCCCAAGCAGCUGUGGGAAUGCUCCAGGCCAGAUCCGCCUAUCAAUCAAACCAACUUCCCGGGCUAUAAAUGAGCCUAGCAACGUGCGGGCAAAGCAAAACAUUAUUCACGCUGCCAAGCAUGAAGGCGAAAUGAGCCUCCGAGUCUCCGCAGCUGCUGACCACAGUUCAAGCUUGCCCAAGCCGCACUCAGCUGCAGCCACAGCUCCAGACCAUGCUAAGAAGUUUAUCGCCCUACCUGCCCGCCUGCAGACCAGGUGCGGCGCCAUCCGCGCCAAAGAGCUGGUGGAUUACUCCAGCGGCGCGUCCAGUGCAGUCAGCGAACUGGACGAUGCAGAUAAGGAGGUCCGCAACCUGACUUCCCGAGCCUUCCGCAGCCUGGCUUACCCUUACUUUGAGGCCCUCAACAUCAGCUCCAGAGCCUCCUCCACAGCCCUCUCAGACGUUGGCUUCGGGCGCUGGUCCACCUUCUUGGACUUAAAAUGCGGGGGUCUCGGAGCCAGAGUGGAGCAGAGCCUGCUCAAGAACAGUGCGGCCUCUGUGGCUGCGGGCUUGCGCAAGGGCACUGGGGCCAGGCCCUCGGCAGACCAACUCUAUAUCCAGUCCAAGAAGUCCCAGACCAAGGCCCUGGAGUUUGUGGUCAGCAAAGUGGAUGGGGAGAUCACCCACGUGGAGACACCGCUGUGCUUUCAGAAACAGGUCCAAAGUGGCUCCCGCGUUGUCACCCUUUUGGAGACACUAAAUUUACGCAGCGAGAGCAAAGCGAGCUCUGCUGCUGGGGGCUUGAGAAAAGGCCCCAGCAAAGCCCCAGGGUCAGUUUACACAGAUGAUGGCUUGGAGACCUCAGAAAGCAGCAAGCCUUCCUCUCGGGCCGAAGGAACACAGAAGAAGUCCAAAUUUGCUUCCAGCCUUCUCAAAAAUGUCAUCUCCAAGAAAAUGCAGAGGGAGCAGGAGUUCAAAAUGGAGAGAGGGGAAGUCUCAGACACAUCUCACAGGAAGAACACCUCUGGCUCCUCCAGGGAGCCCGAGGAUCCCUCGGGUUGGGAGAAGCCACCUGAGAAGGGUCUGCAAAGACAGAGCUCCCAUUACUCAGAGGCCAGUUCUGAGUACACUGUGGUGAGUGUCUCAGAUGCUGGUGAGGACACUCCAGUCUCUGAAAACAAAUCUCCAGUUUUUCAAGCGAGCUCUCCCCGGGAAAGCAAUGCCAGCUCCAGCCGACCCAGUGCUGACCGCCGGCCGGAAGAAGUGUGUGGGAUUAAGAAGAGUGCCUCCGAAACGGUCAAGGGCAUCUUUCUGCGCAGCCAGAACAGUGCGUUUAGGUCCUGGAAGGAGAAGGAGGCUGAGAAACUGGAGGAGAAGGCCCCCAUCCGGAAACUGAAGCUCUCCAGAGGUGGGGACUGGAGAGCUGACCUUGGGGAGAUUUCAGCCAGCAAGUCCACAAUCAUGUCCCGCCUCUUCGUCCCCCACAUCCAGCACACUCCCAAAGACAAGCAGCCAGGAAAGCAGGCCACCAAAUAUCCUACGGCUCAGACUACCUCCACAGCUGUGGUCAAGCCCAAAGUCCCUGAAAUCAAGAUCCGCCUGGGCAGCGUACAGGAGCCCAGUGCCGACUUUAAUAUAGCCAAGUUACUCACCCCAAAGUUGGCAGGCGGCAGUAGCACGUCAACCCUUUUUAGGACCAUCGAGGACAACACCAGAGCGCAGCAGAAGCUUUUCAGGGGGGACAACUUGGAAAAGGUGCCCCAGUUCCAGGUCCGGGAUGUAAGGGAUAAGUCCAAGACUCAAGGGCCACUCCACCAGGUGAGAGAUGUCAGGAAAUUGAUAAAAGGAUCUGGGGAAAGCAGUGAUAAAGGAAGUGUGACCCCAGAACAGGGAAGCUCGGGACCCAAACCCAGGCAGCUCUCGGCUGCAGGCAGCGGUGGGCCUAAGUCCCUGUCCCCAAUGGUGAUCACGUGCCAGGCUGUAGCCAGCCAUAGAGAAGAAGGCAUGGACCGAGAUCUAAGAGAUAACCUGGGGAAAACUGCCGUCAGGGCCCUUCGCUCUUCUUCUCCAGAAGGGACAGUCCUAGUUCACAGGGCUUCUGGCCGCUUACCUGUGGCUACCAUUGCUCCCAAUAAAACUGAACAGGGUUCCCACCUGCCUGUCCUAAAGAUCGUCUCCAAGACAUCUGCCCAGAGGACACCAGAAAAGCCCAAAGAAGAAGAGGCCAAGGAGGAGGUCAAAGUCCCGAAGCCCUCCCGCAAUGCCCUGGAGAAGCUCACAGCGGCGGUGAGAUCCAUGGAGGAACUGUAUAGCUUCAAUAGGUAUGAAUGGAAACGCAAGAGUGACCCAUUGCCCAUGAUGACUGACAGUCACGUGCUGUCCCUCAUUGAGAGUGAAGAACGGGAAGGAAGUGGAGGGGAGGUAGGAAAGCCAGCCAAGAGGUUGGGCGAGGUAGAAGAACGAGGACCAGGGGGGAAGAGCGGGGUGGUCAUGAGGGGGGUGGCCCCUGAACGCCUUCAGCGGAGAAACUCCAACCCCAGUGCUGAAAGCGUGUCCGCCAGGGCUGCAGCCUUCGAGAACAUGGCUAGGGAAAGGCCCCGAUCCCUCUACAUUCCCCCAGCUCACAAAGACGUGGAGAGGACCCAACCUCUGCAGCCCUUACCUCCCUUACCUAGCACUCGAAAUACCUUCACAGUAAGUACUCAGAAAACAGCUGUGGUGGCAGGCGGGGUCGCAGGCAAGUUCCCUCAAGGACCUGCCCAGGAAAGUUCUUCCUUGGCAAAAGGGAUCAAGACCCAGGGGCUCCGAUCCCUAAAGAUCUCUCCAGCCACCCGAACACUGCCAGCUGAAGCCACUAGCAAGAAACUCGGCAGCGAUGGGGAGAAGGGCUUGGACUCAGCCAGCAGUGACAGUGGGAACUACCUGACCAGCCCUCUCAAAGGGAACGUGGGGGGUGCCGAGGUACCUGGAAGAGCUGGAGCCGCGGCUUCUUCUGCUGCCACCCUCUGUAGCCUGCCGCCCUUGAGUGCCCGCAGCCAGGUCCCCAGCAGUGCCAAGGGUGCCCAGAGCAGUGGGGUCAGCCGGCCCAGCUGGCGUAAUAAGACAGAUAAUGCUCGAGACCCGGCCACCACUGCCCCGACGGUACCUCAGACCCCUGAGCAUCCCCCUACAGCUGUCUAUCACCAGCAGUCACUGCCCUUCACCCUACAUGGGGCCCAACCACAGGUACUGUGCUUCUCCCCUCCCAGCAUCUCUGCCCCACCCCCUGCAGCAGCAGCUCCAGGCCCAACAGACCCCUUCCAGCAGCCACAGCCUCAGCAAACUCAGAGAAAGAUGCUACUCGAUCUGACCACUGGCCAGUACUACCUGGUAGACACGCCAGUUCAACCCAUGACAAGGCGGCUAUUUGAUCCAGAGACUGGGCAGUAUGUAGAUGUCCCCAUGACCUCUCAGCAGCCAGCAGUGGCUCCCAUGUCCCUCCCGGUCCCCCCUUUAGCUAUGAGCCCCAGUGCCUAUGGCCCCACCUACAUGAUCUACCCUGGGUUCCUGCCCCCGAUGCUGCCCCACAAUGCCCUGCAGCCAACAACCCUAGCCCAUGCUCCUGGAGGGAGUGAGCUCUCUCCCAUGACUAGAGACCCCUCUGGCAAAGAUGCAGUAGCCCCCAGAGAUAUGGCUUUUGCUGAGACCCCGUAUUUCAUUGCAAUGGGCCAGCCUCCCUCGACUUCCUCAUCUGGCCCGGCUGCAACCUCCCAGCUUGUGGGGGCCAAGGGAUUCGCCCAGGUCCACGGCAAGCCGGUCAUCAGCAUCACCUCACAGCCACUGGGGCCAAGAAUCAUCACGCCCCCAUCCUUCGAUGGUACCACCAUGAGUUUCGUGGUGGAGCACAGAUGAGGAGCAAAAACAUUUAUGGGAAAGCAAACUGAAGCAGCGCCAGGAGCAAGGCAAAAGGAUUCUCCUCAUUUAAUCUGGAAAUGGCCUUGCAGCAGCACGAAGAAUUCAUCUGUAAAACAGCUUCUACCUUUUACUUUUGUUCAUAUUUUGCUCCAUACAAACCAAGUGUGUAAGUUUCUUGU